CUCCACCCUGACCAAAAAGGAUUCGCUGCAAAGGGCAGGAUUACAGAGUGCUUUCGUCUGCUUGCACAUGCAGCGCAGCGCCGGACACCGGCACCAGGGUCCGCCAGCCUACGAAAUAUUUAAGUUCUUUGCCUCCUCCCCCUCAGGCUUUGACUAUUUGCGACGCCCAGUUCCGGCAUCGCCACUCUCCCGCCGUAUUCUUGUACAUCUUUCCAGCUUCUGCGGUCCAGGUGAACCCGCACGCACUCGGACACACGAUGCUAUCAAUGCUCGGAAAUUCGUCUCCGACGAGGUUCGACUUCUUAAGGGCGCUGUGAAUGAUUGCUGCAAGUGCUGAUGCUGUCUGGAUUUUGAGCGGAUGUGUGGGUCCAAGGUUGUAGUGCACAUGAAUUGGAGUGUUGUUAGUGAGUGUGGAGAUGGAUUCUGGAGGCAGUGUGGAGCGGAUUUAGGGUUCGCGGGGAUGCGGGAGAUUUGUGGAGCAUCGGAUGUGUGGAUUGUUGGUUUGACGGGCGAUUCCGGUUCGCCUGAAGCUGGUUGCGCCUAUGCUCCUCGGCGACAGAAGUGUGCGGACUGGAAUUGGUUUCUCGGCCGUGGAGUGGGCGUGCAUGGCAGCUGGCUUGGUUGAGGAGGCCAAGAAUUUUAAGGUGUUUUGGUACAUAUGGUUUGUGGCGAGCAGUAGGUAGGGAGGGGUGGGAAAGGGCCUAGAUGCUGGAUCUUGGCGAUUGGAAGGUUUUUUUGAAGUGCAGAGGCGGUCGGGGUGCGUGGUGCAGCCGGAAUUGAGAGCGCUGGUUUUGGGGUUGCGUGGGACGGAUUGGAAAGGGCGGGGAGAAAUGGUGUGGAUUUAGGGUUGGAGGAGGUGGAUACUCGUGAACAGGGAAGAAAAAGGGAAGUGCCAUGGCGGAGGCAGCGCCCCUGGGGUCUGUGGACUUCUCCGUGCUGGUGCGAAAAGCCGCAGAAGCAUCCGUUUCCGGGCUGAAGGAGCUGACUGAGACUGCUCCCGAGCUGUCCGACACGGAGAAGAAGAUCGGGCUCCUGAAGUACAUCGUCAAAACGCGACAGCGCCUGCUGCGCAUUGCGGCUCUUACGAAAUGGUGUCGCCAGAUUCCUUUGGUGGAGCGGUGUCAGCAGCUGUCUGGUACGCUGUCCAACCACGACAUGAGCUUCACCCAAGCAGCGGACUUUCUGUUCUAUUUGCAUGAAACAUUGCAGCAAGCGCGUGCGCCGGUGUAUGACAUACCUUCUGCAACGGAGAUUUUGCUGGCUAGAACGUACAACAGGCUGCCGAAAUGCAUAGAGGAUUUGGGAAUGCAACCUGUGCUGAUCGGAGAGGAGAGAGAGGGCGCCGUGAAGAAACUGAACAGUGUUCUUCGGACCCGGCUGCUGGACAUCGAACUGCCAAAACAGAUCACGGACAUCAAGGUGACGGGUGGGCGGGUGAUAUUCAAGGUGGCGGGCGAGUUCGAAGCUCACCUGACGCUGGGAUAUCGUGGUCACCUAUCGUACUGGAGGGUUCUGAAGAUAGACAUUCUGGUGGGGGAGCCGUCGGGGCCGACACAGUUCACGGAUCCUCAAGCGUACUUCCUGGGCGAUGAGUUGGAGCGACGCAUGGCUGCGUCUGAGGACCCGCUAGGGCUGAUGUAUUCCAUCCUGCACCAGUUUUGCACUGCUCUGGUGAUGGACACCCUGUUCCGGCAGAUCAAAGCGUUGUUGGUUGGCAGAUGGCGAGACGCAAUCAAGUACGAGAAGUUGUCGGAUACGGGUGGUGGGAGUGGCGCAGCUGCGGGGCAGGCAAGUGCAGGACAAGGGACGGGUGGUGUUGGAGAGUUGGACGUGGAGUCGGGAAGUGCAGCAAAAGUCAGAGGGUCUCCAGGUCUGAAGAUCAUGUAUUGGUUGGAAACACAGAGGGGGGAGGUCCUUCCGAGCCUGAGAAUCGAGCACGGUGCAGAUCAGCAGAUAAGGUGCUCACAUUCGCCGGCCGUGAUGGACUCCGCGACGGGCAUGGAGGCGGAGUUUGCGGUGGAUUCGAGCUGCAUCAAUGUGGAGAAGCUGCUGCUGCGGGCUAUCGCGUGCAGCGUACACACACGACUGCUGGAGGUUCAGCGAGGUCUGAAAGGGGGCGUGCAUUUGUGGCAAUCCGACAACGACGUGGUUUUGAGGCGUUCGAUACCGGACGAACUGGAAAGCUCGAGCGAGGCGAGUGGUGAAGAGGAAAACGUGGAGGAGGCUGGGGAGGAAGUUCUGUGCGUUCGUGCGUUCGGGGUGUCGCACAUGGCGCUGGGAAUCAGCAUCAGGAAUGGGCGGUUCUUGCUGCGCUGUCCAAGCACGGUGCUUGCCGCACCGAUGGUGAAGGAAAUGGAAGAUGCGCUGAACCUGGGGAGUGUGCAGGCUCUGGAUAUCUUCAUGAAGUUGCGCGCGAAAUGUCUGGUGCACUACUUUGGGCUGAUAGGGAAGUCGUUGAACCUAAAGCUGUAUGAGAGAGGUGCAUCAUCUGUGAAACUGCCCGCGGAUGGUGGGUUGUGCCGACUGCUGUAUGAGAGAGGUGCGUCAUCUGUGAAAAUGACCAAGGAGGGGCCAAAACUUGAAAGUGCCCACGGAGGCGACGUGCUGAUAAUGGGGUUUCCGGAUUGUGACGAGUCAUUUUUUCUGUGUGUGCAACUGGACGCGAACUUUACGCCUCUGUUCACCCUGCUAGAAGCUGAGUCGCAGUCAUCGUCGGGACAAGCAAGCCUGGCAUCGAGCGCGUUCAACAUUAGUCGGUGGAUGAGAAUCGACAUCGAAGCGAUGUCAAUCCUGCGCGACGAUACUGGGUUUAGCCUGCUGGAGCAGAGCGGGAGCGAGGGCAGGGAGGGUUAUGGCAGCAUGGUGGUGAAGAGAGUGGAGGAAGGAUACAGUAAGUUGGGCAUCCCUCCUGUGCCGAAAGGUCCGAUCAGAGGGGGUGGAUUGGGACUGGAUGGCGGACAGUCAGGGUUGGAUCAGUACUACGGAGGGGGCGGAGCGAGUCACAAGGGGAACAUGUUGGCGGUGCAUUCUCCGUCGAACCUGCAGGGGGGGUCGCCAAUGCAGCAUGCAGGUUCUCCGUUGCAACACGGGAAUGUUGGAUACGGCGUGAACGCGGGGCCGAUCAUGGUGAGCCCUUCGAUGGCGAGCGGCGGGUAUCACCAGGGGAAGUCGUUGGGAGGAAGUCCUGCUUUUGGAGAUGGGAGCCACAGGCUGGGUCGAGCAGGGAUGGUGAACGGUGCGUCACCCCACAACAUGACAGGGGUGAGCCCGCUGCGGAGUCCGAUGGACGUCCGGAACCAGAUGUCGCUUCGAAAGUCGCCUCUGCAGAGUGCGAGCGAGCAGGAGCCAGGGAGUACGAGAUCGCCUGUAGCGGUGGGGGAUAAUGCGACGUCGCCUAUCGAGUUGGACGACGAGCACAUCACGAAGUUGAUCGACUCGAUAUCUUCGAAGACCUCCGGUUCGUUUGCAACGACGGACUCGCCGUCGCGGCAGGGCAGGCACGUUCCUCAAGCAAGGGGUGGAAUAGGAUCUCCGACCUCUAGACCUUUGAUCGGGAAAGCGGGGUCUCCAUCUGGUUCACAGCUUGUGCGAGCAUCGGGACUGUUACAGGCGAGUUCGCCUGGAUGGAAGUCGACGAUGUCUCCGUCGGGUCCGUACAUGACAGAUUCGGGGUGUCCGGGCCAGGAUGUUGAGCAGCAAGGAAGGCUAGGAGGUGGGUCCGACAAGUCACCAGCGCAGAAAAGCAAACAGAAGCGGUCGAUCACAGAUCUGUUUAACUCGAUGUCGUCGGUACAGGCGUUGGCAACGGGCGGGCAGAGAGGGAAACGGCAGAGGACGGGGCUUGAGAUGGUCCCAGUUCCAGCGUACCAGGCAGCGUCUCAUGUGGGUGUUGGCAGCACGGCUGUGUCUCAGUCGGUUUUGGGCCAGUCUUAUGGGCACGUUGUUCGAGCAGCCAACCAGGGGAAGGCUUCUGCGGGUGCUUACCGGGCGGUUUUCCAGCAAGUGGAAGAGCGGUGUAGGUUGUGUAUAAAGCAUGCCCGGUUGACUCGGCAGAUGGAUGCGCAAGGGAUAUCGUACGUGAACGAGGUUGGGCUGCGGGAGCCGUCGACGGUUCUGCGGUUCAGGCUUCCAGACACCGUGCCGAGCGGAGAUCCAAGGACGAGACCGAGCAGAAGUGAGGGUUCGUAUGGGUGGCAGCAGAUGGGCUUGUGCCUAGGCAAGCCCGGGAGCGAAGGAUGGGACGUGAAGGUUCAGGACGCGUAUUUCAGCGGGCUGUGGAAACUGCAGAAGCAAAAAGAAGGGGUGGGUGGGACGGGAGAACAGUUUGCGAGUCCGCCGCAGGAUGAUUCUCACAUGAAGUGCACGCAGGAGGGGUUGGUUCUGAAGUACUCGACGGUGCUAGACGACAGCGUGACAAAACUGGUGAAGGAUCUGGAACGGAUAUGGCGGGCGCGGGCGUUUGCUUUAAGGAUUCGGAAGCUGUUGGGAAGCAGUGAAGAGGAGAAGAAGCGAGGGAGCGAGCAGGGGGGCAGGUCUCAGGGCAGGAGUGGGAGCGUGGGAGACACAGGUGAAGCGGAGGAGAAGAAGUGGGAGGUAAUGCGGCGGGCGUUCAGGGUGGAGGCGGUAGGGCUGACGAGCGUGUCAUUCACGUACGUAGGUACGACGCCAGGCAUCAUGGCCCGGUUUGUUGUGGAGUGGGGAACGAGCCGUCGGGGUUGCACCGUGCACUCACCCGAGCAGCUGUGGCCACACACGAAGUUACGGACGAAAGGGUUUUCUCUAGCUGGAAGAAAGUUGUGGAGUGCACAUAGGCAGAUGAGGAUGGUUACUCCCCUACCAUUUUUGGAGGAUUACAUCAAUGGUGGAGAGGUAGAGCUUUUGUUGGAUGCUAUCCAGGUGACAGCAGGGCCUUUGCACGCACUGGCUGCAGCGAUUCGGCCCGCGAGGAUGGCUGCGCCAGCUUCCGGGUCAAGUCAUCGGCCUUCCUCACCGAGCCCAGGCACAGGCAUGGCGGCGAGGGCCGGGGCCAGCUCAGCGGGGUCUGGGAUGAGUUUGUACGGUAGCGGCGGUGCAGGGCAGGGGCAGGGGCAAGGGGCGGGCGCGAAUGGGAGCGUGAACUACGGGAUGAACAGCAACGGAGGUCCGGGGACUCCUCAGGGAGGGAUGCCUUCGAACAGCGGGAGAAAUCCUGGGCCGGGUUUGGUUCCGAGCACGCUAUUGCCGACGGACGUGUCGGUGCUGCUGCGGUCGGCGUACUGGAUACGGAUCGUGUACCGGCGAGAUUUUGCAAUCGACAUGCGGUGCUUCGCCGGUGACCAGGUGUGGCUGCAGCCGGCGCCGCCUCCUCGGAGCGGAGGCAAGGGGGGCGGGGGGUCGUUGCCGUGCCCGCAGUUUCGGACGUUCGUGGUGGAGCACGUGACGUUGGGGAUGAGCAGCAGCGUAGACAGCGUUGGGGGAGGGGCGAUAGGGUCGAGCUCUCCCAGCACUGGGGCGAACAGCGGGGCUCGGCAGGCGGGAGGUGGAGUGGGGCGUGCAGGGAACAGCGUGGGGAGCACGAUCGCGGCGAUGCAGGGGGGCUCGGGGUUGGGCGGAGGCAGCAGAAGCUUAGCGACGGGGUCAGGGGUGGGAGGUGCGAUAUCGAUUCGCGCGGAGUUGAAUCCAGCCCUGGUCGGGAUGGGCGACGAUGGCGGUUAUGGAGGUGCAUGGGUACCACUGGCAGCCCUGAAGAAGGUACUGCGAGGAACGCUGCGGUACCUAGGCGGACUGUGGUUGUUCGCACAGUUCCCAGGCAUCCUGAGGGAGGUGCUGGCAUCGACGCUGAACCAGAACGAGGGUGCGCUGCUGAAUCACGAUCCAGAGCAACCGGCUUUGAGGUUCUUCAUCAGGGGGUGCGUUUUCGCUGUGAGCAUGCAUCGGCAGCAGCUGUUUUUGCAGGCCAUCAAUGUGAACCGUUACAAACAACAACAGCAAGCAGCCGCGGCGCACCAGCAAGCGGCACCUGUGAUGAACUUGGCAGUGGAGCUGUCACUGGGAGAAAUGCAAGACAUAGGGGACUUUUUUGCGCGGAGUGUGGCGUCAGAGCCAUACGAUGCGUCUCGGUUAGCGUCGUUUGUGACGAUGUUGACGCUACCGGUACCCGUGCUGCGGGAGUUCCUAAUCCUGAUUCAGUGGAAGGUUGCGACGACCAGAGCAAAUGGAGGGCCUGGCGGGGAUGUGAGUGGUCAAGGGGCGUCCCCUCGUCCACAAGUGGAGCUUAGCCUGGAAUCACAAGGCGGUGGUGGAGGAGGAGUAGAAAAGGGCAAUUCACAGCAAGAUGAGUCGGGCGUGGGUGGUGGGUCGCAGGGUAGAAGCAGCAUCACGCACAACCACCAUCGGAACACGGUGGAGUUCACGCUGACGUUCACAUUUGACGCCUCGUCGCUACCACAGUUGAACGUGGCGGGCGGAGCAGGGUGGUUGCCGCAGUCAGUGGCUUUGCGGUUAGCGUACGCGUACGGGGAAGGGGCGAAUCGGAUCUCGUUGUCGAGUAUGGACGGAAGCCAUGGGGGCCGAUCUUGCUGGGCCCGGGCGGAGGAAUGGGAGAGGUGCAAAGAGGGGGUAAUGCGUGCGGUUCAGGCGGCGCCCGGAGAGGGUCGAGGACGUCUUCGAGUUUUAGCGGAGCAAGUCCAAAUGGCAUUGCAAACCGCACUGACGCAGAUCGGGAGAGGCGCAGGUCAACAGCUGCACGUUCUGUUGUGAGGCGGGCAUAGCAGGAGGGGUGAGCGUGGGGUUGAAUUGAGCAGGGAAAUGGGAGUGGGAGAGCAUGGCUUGAGGUUGGGAAUCAUGAAUGCUUCAGGGCGUCCGGGAGGAGCUGUGCUUGAAGAGGAGUGAUGAUUGAUGACCCAGCGACGAGUUGAUUUGGCCAGGGAGGAAGGACGUAGAUGCGAUGGGAAGUGGACGGACUGUGUUGGCGGUGGGUUGCGAGGGGACGUGAAGGGUCGAGGGAGUGGGAAGUUGGACCACGAGUUGUAAUCUGGAGUGCGAGAAGAGCAUAAGUUGCACAAGUCGUAGGCUGCGAGUUACAUAAACAGGAUUAGAUUGGAUUAGGCGGGUGAUGAACUGAACAGUGGUGACAUAUGUCGUGUAUAAAUCAUGGUUUGGAAGGAAGGUUUCAGUACAUCAUUUUACAUGUCGGGUUGGACAUGGUAAUCGA